CAAUAUUAUUUCGUACACAUUGUGCAAUUUUAAAGUUAACAUUAUCGUAUAUUUUUUGAUAUCAUUCGCUUAUAAGACUCUUAUUGAAGAACAAGUUAAUCACAAAUCUAGUAGAAAUUUUACAGUGGUUUAAAAAUGAGGCUGGUAGAUACAACGAAACUUUUGGAAUUACAAAACAAACCUUCAAAUGUGCGAAACAUUUGUAUCGUAGCACACGUGGACCAUGGGAAGACAACCCUGGCCGAUUCCUUAAUAUCUAGUAAUGGUAUAAUAUCCCAGAGAAUGUCAGGAAAACUUAGAUACAUGGAUAGUAGACCUGACGAGCAGGAGCGAGGUAUUACAAUGAAAAGUAGCAGCAUUUCUCUGUACCAUGUCUUAGAGAAGGAAGAAUACCUUGUAAAUCUGAUAGAUUCACCUGGGCACAUAGAUUUUUCUAGUGAAGUCUCUACAGCAGUGAGAUUAUGUGAUGGAGCAAUUGUUGUGGUGGAUGUAGUUGAAGGUGUUUGCCCACAAACGAGGUUAGCUCUAAAACAAGCAUAUUCUGAGAACAUUAAGGCAGUACUGGUGUUAAAUAAAAUAGAUCGACUUAUAUUGGAGAUGAAAAUGAAUGCACUUGAUGCUUAUAUACAUAUAAGCCAAGUUUUAGAACAAGUUAAUGCUAUUAUGGGGGAAUUGUUUGCUUCGGAUGUAUUAAAAACUGAAGAAAACAUGAUUGAUAAAAAGCAACAAGAUGAUAUUUCCACAAAAGUGCAACCAGAGGACAAUAAUUAUUAUGAUUGGACAUCAGCUUUGGAAGAUGCAGAUGAUUCUACGUUAUAUUUUUCACCGGAACAAGGAAAUGUUGUGUUUGCCAGUGCAAUUGAUGGCUGGGGAUUUAGUAUACAUACAUUUGCUAAAUUAUUUUCUAAUAAACUCGGUGUUAAGGAGGAAAUUCUUAAAAAAGUUCUAUGGGGUGAUUUUUAUUUGAAUCCAAAAACGAAGCGUUUUAUGAAAGGUGCACAAGAGAAAGCGAAAAAGCCUUUAUUUGUACAGGUUAUAUUUGAUAAUUUAUGGAAUGUUUACGAAACUAUUGUUAUGAGAAAUGAAAAGGAUAAGGUCCCUGGUAUUUGUGAAAAAUUAAAUAUUAAGCUUACAACUCGAGAUUUGAGACAUACAGACAGUAGAGUUCAACUGCAAUCAUUAAUGAUGCAAUGGCUACCUUUAUCUACUGUAGUAUUAAACAUGGUUUGUAAAAUGUUACCAUCCCCAAAAGAAAUAUUACCAGAAAGAGUAGAGAAAUUAAUGUGCUCCCCAAUAAGAGAUUUUGAUUCUUAUAGUUUGGAAACGAAAAAUCUUAAAGAUGACUUUUUAGCCUGUGAUAGUAGUGAAGAUAGACCUGUGAUUAUUUUUGUAUCGAAAAUGUUUAGUGUGGACAAAAAUGUUUUGCCAGAAAAUAAACCAAAAGCGUUAACGUUAGAAGAAAUGGCCGCAAGAAGAGAACGAGCACGACAAAUAAGACAAGAGAAAAAUGCUACAGAUUUAGAAACAACUCAUGAGAACGAAACGAAACUAGAAAAUGAUAGUAUAGAAAAAUGUGUUGAAGACGAGAUUGAAAAGGAAAACAAAGAUCAACCAGCAUUUAUAGCGUUUGCUAGAAUUUUUAGUGGUAAAAUAAAAAAAGGUAGCACUAUUUAUGUUUUGGGUCCUAAACAUGAUCCUAAUAAAAUUCUUAAUUUGAUAGAUUUAAAAAUCGAUGCCAAUAAGAAACUAAAAGACUUACAAAGUGAUGAACAUAUAACUAUAGCUCAAGUUAAAUCAUUGUAUAUUUUAAUGGGAAGAGAAUUGGAAGAAAUAGAUGAAGGAGUUGCAGGAAAUAUAAUAGGUAUCGGUGGAUUAGAUGAAUACGUACUUAAAACAGCAACUUUAAGUAGUACAAUAGCUUGUCCUGCUUUCUGUGAGAUCCAGUAUGCAGCAGUACCAAUAUUAAGAGUUGCCGUCGAACCUGCGUAUCCUUCCCAACUACCUCAACUUGUCAAAGGCCUAAAGCUUCUAAAUCAAUCAGACCCAUGUGUACAAGUACUUCUUCAAGAAUCAGGAGAGCAUGUAUUAGUUACAGCAGGUGAAGUGCAUUUACAGAGAUGUUUAGAAGACUUAAAAAAUAUUUAUGCUAAAAUACCAUUAUCUGUUUCGGAACCGAUUGUACCGUUCAGAGAAACUAUUGUUGACCCGCCAAAAAUAGAUAUGGCUAACGAAGAAAUAGAUUCACAAAAUAUAAACAAAGGAAAUGACAUUAGUGAUCCAUACAUAAUUAUGUAUACUAGUAAUAAACAGAGUAAAAUAAAAAUAAAAGCAAAACCACUGCCAAAAGAAAUAACAGAAUUGUUAGAAAAAUCCACUGAUUUACUAAAAGCUAUCUCGCAACAUAUAAAAUCGUUACAAGGCGUUUCAAAAAAUGACAAUAUAGAAAAUAAAUUAGAUAAAAUGCAACUGAAUGGAACGAAAAAUUCUCUAUCGGAACGAAUUUUGAAGCUAAUUGAAAUAUUCAAAUCUGAACUGCAAACAAUCUGUUCGAAAUUGGGACCCGAAUGGGAAAAUGUAGUGGAACAAAUAUGGUCAGUAGGUCCUAGAAAUUGUGGUCCCAAUUUACUUUUAAAUCAAACGAAUGAUUACAAAACGAAGUUUUUACUUCAUGAAAAAGAGAUAAAAGAGGAUCCUAGAUUUGAAUACGAGGGCAGUUUUGUGAAUGGAUUUCAAUUGGCCACACUUGCGGGUCCGUUAUGCGAGGAACCAAUGAUGGGAGUUGCGUUUUGUGUCGAUGAGUGGACUUUAGAGAAAAACGAACAAGACGAUGUUAAUCACACAUUUGGACCACUUUCAGGUCAAAUUAUAUCAGCGGUAAAAGAAGCUUGCCGGAGAGCAUUCCAAACCCAGCCGCAGCGGUUGAUGGCUGCUAUGUACUCGUGUGAUAUCGUCGUCGAUCAGAAAGUUUUGGGGAAGCUGUACGGCGCGCUGGGACGUCGCGGAGGACGCGUGGUAGGUGGUGACCUUCAGAGUGGUUCUGCAGCAUUUCGCGUGGCGGCGCUACUGCCCGUCGCGGAGAGCUUUCGGUUUGCUAUCGACCUGCGCACGCACACCUCCGGCCUCGCAGCACCGCAACUGCUCUUCAGCCAUUGGGAGGUGAUCAACAUCGAUCCGUUCUGGCAGCCACGAACUGAAGAGGAGUACUUACACUGGGGUGAGAAAUGGGACGGCGUCAAUCGCGCCAAAGCUUACGUAGACAUGGUGCGAGCGCGCAAAGGACUCGCCACAGACAGACAGCUCGUCUUACACGCCGAGAAGCAGAGGACGCUCUCCAAGAAGAAAUAGCUUGACAAUAAACAAUACUAGAAGUAAUCAUUAUCUCCUUGUCCUUAUUAUGUUAGAAGUGGCAUAUUACUUGCGAAACAAUUGGACUAUUUUAAACAACAUAUCACCAUCUCAAAGACCGGCAUCGCAUCUGCAGUUUCUCUGGUAUUGCAGAUGUCCUUGGGUGUUGAUCAACACAUAGGAUUCCCGCAGCUUUUUGCCGCUUAUAUAUUAUAUAGCUGUUGCCCUCGACUUUGUUCGCGCGGAAUAUCAGUGUGAGUGGCAUAUGUAUUCUUCCAGACUAUAUUCUACAUGUGCCAAAGUUCAUUAAAAUCCGCUUAGCCGUUCCGGAGAUACCUUCAUACAAACAUCCAUCAAUCCAUCCAAAAAAGAACGUUUGUAGCGGAGUUUCCACUGUCAUAACAUAUUUUUAAUUCCUUUUCAUUAUUAUUGAUAAAAGAAAGACUACGAUAUGUAGACAUUAAAUUUGUUUCUUACAUACGAACAAAAUGUUAUCAAGUAUUACUUUGAGAAAUAUUCAAAUUGUUUGUUCUAUAAGUAUUAUGUUUUGUUACGCUUCUUUAAUCGCUUUGAGAUUUAGAUGAUGACAAUUUUGUAGAAAUUUGUAUGUUUUUAAUUAUUAAUUAUAUUGUUUAAAUGAGUUGAAAUUAUAUUGAAUAGUUUUUGUAUCGACAGUUUUUUUCUUAACUACAUUUUUUUAGAAAUUUACGAUAAAUCGCCAACUACAUAUACUCUGAUGGGUUUCCACUGUCGAAACACAUGUUAAAACAUUUAAAGCUAGUCAUAGGUGAAUAAAACAACAAUGCGUUAUAUUAAUUAUGUAUUUACAUUAUAACAAACAACCCAUUUAUUGUAUUUACAAUUUUACUUCUACAACAAAUUAAAUGUAACAAUAUUUUUAUAAAUAAUACAAUGAAAUAAAACAUCUGAAAAAAAUACAACACAUUACAUUUUUAAUAAACAAAAUACGUAGAAUAAAAUAUAUUAGUUUUACUAAAUACUUGAGGAAAAAAACAUCAAUUGACUACAUUUAAACAAUAUUGUUACAAUUUACACGAAAUUCAAUAAAUAAUCGGAAUAAACAUUUUAUAAUAACAUAAUCAAUUAGGAAAUUAACAUAUUUCUAUCAAAAAAAUAAGGAAAUAACAGCAAAAGAGAGCUUUAAAAUUGGCACAAAUUACUAUUUUCCUCGUAAAGGUUUCCAUCGUCAAAACAUAGAUGGCGCUGUAAUGUAUUAAAAAUGUAAUAUAAUAUAAAUUAAAUUAAGGAAAUAAAAAGUCAGGC